AUGUGCGGCAUCUUCUUCGCCCUGAGUCGGGCAGCACAUGUGACCCCCGACACUAGCACGCGGGUAUUGCUCCAGAACAGAGGACCGGACAGCACAGGCCAGCAUCAAAUUCUCAUCCAGUCCAAAGGGGCUCCCGUCUACGCGACCUUCUUGUCGACUGUGCUUGCUUUACGUGGCAGUCAAGUCAUUGAGCAGCCUCUGAAAGAUGAAGCAACCGGGUCUGUUCUUUGCUGGAACGGAGAAGCCUGGUCCAUAGCUGGCGACAUAGUCAAAGGCAAUGACUCCCAGCUCGUGUUUAGUAAGCUGCAAGAAGCAUGCGUCGAUGCAAGCGCGUCAUCUGUGCGGAACGUGGUCGAGCUGCUAUCCUCAAUUCGAGGUCCCUAUGCUCUAGUCUUCUAUGACGCGCUCAACCAACGUAUCUACUAUGGCCGCGACUGCUUAGGGAGGCGAUCGCUGCUUCGCAAGGCUACUACAGACGGCACGGUAGUCUUGUCCAGUGUCUGCGACAAUGCUUCUGGUGAGGCAUGGGAUGAGAUUGAGGCUGAUGGCAUAUAUUUCAUGGACCUCAAGAAUGUAGACACGACAUUACCGUCUUUCCCUUACACGCACAUACCACACCGUCGUUUGGAUCAGGACGAAGGCCCUGGCCUUUCUUUCACUCUGCCUUUCCCUGCCAUGAACCGUAGUAUCUCCACUCAAGCCUCGCUGGACCUCUCUAUAGUAGAGCGAUUGAGAGCUUCACUAGAAAGGUCGUUGCAACUUCGUACACAGCAUGUGCGAGAGGCGGUACCCAACAGCGAGGCCCGGGUGGCCAUUCUCUUUUCAGGUGGUCUUGAUUGCACCAUUCUUGCACGCAUGUGCGACGACUUGCUGCCGCCAAGUGAACCCGUCGAUCUUCUCAAUGUUGCCUUUGAGAACCCUCGUAUCCACUCCAAUCUUGAGCCCGGCACGAGUCCUUACGAACUCUGCCCGGAUCGUAUUACCGGGCGUUCAUCGCAUGUGGAAUUGAUUCAAGUAUGCCCGGGUCGUGAUUGGCGAUUUGUGGAGGUCAACGUGCCCUAUGUCGAAACUCAAGCACAGCGAAAGACCGUGCUCGCAUUGAUGCACCCUCACAACACUGAGAUGGAUCUUUCCAUAUCUUACGCACUCUAUUUCGCUUCACGCGGAGUGGGUCUUGCACGCACGUCGCAUGACACUACGGCGCAACCAUACACUACCACGGCACAUGUGCUUUUGUCCGGGCUUGGUGCUGAUGAGCUAUUCGGUGGGUAUCAGCGACACGCUUUAGCGUUUGCUCGACGCGAAUAUGCCGGUCUGAUGGAAGAACUGGAGCUUGAUUUCAGCCGGCUAGGAAAGCGAAACCUUGGUCGGGAUGAUCGGGUCAUCAGCGACAGCGGUAGGGAAGUACGCUUUCCGUAUCUUGACGAAGACUUCAUCGCACUGGUACUCUGUCUUCCAGUAACGGCCAAGUGUGACUUUGGCCUAGCGCAAGUCACCGACAGCCAAGACCCGGUUCAGCUUCUUGAGCCUGGAAAGCGAGCCUUGAGGUUACUGGUCUGGCAACUGGGAAUGAAGCGUGUCGCCGCGGAAAAGAAGCGCGCGAUACAAUUUGGUGCACGUACUGCCAAGAUGGAGACGGGCAAAACGAAGGGCACGCAUGUGCUGAGUUGA